GCGACACUAAUGUCAGGAUAGGGGCUGUCCCUCUUUCCCUUACCUCUUGUCUCGCUCCUCCUCCCCUUCCUGCAGCUGGGGAAGUUUGUGGUGGACGGAGCCCAUCAAAGGUGUAGCCAUGGCCGGGGUGCUUUCCUACGAGAGCUUGGUGCAUGCUAUGGCUGGGGCUGUGGGCAGCAUGACAGCAAUGACUGUGUUUUUUCCUCUGGAUACAGCUAGGCUAAGACUUCAAGUUGAUGAAAAACGCAAAUCCAAGAGGACACAUGCAGUUCUGUUGGAGAUAAUAAAAGAAGAAGGCCUCCUGGCUCCAUAUCGAGGGUGGUUCCCUGUCAUCUCCAGCCUUUGUUGUUCCAACUUUGUCUAUUUCUAUACAUUUAACAGUCUAAAAGCAGUGUGGGUCAAAGGUCACCAUUCCACCACAGGAAAAGAUUUGACUCUUGGGGUGGUUGCAGGUGUAGUGAACGUAUUGGUGACUACUCCACUUUGGGUAGUGAAUACCCGUCUGAAGCUCCAAGGGGCAAAAUUCAGAAAUGAUGACAUUAUACCAACCAAUUACAAAGGCAUUGUAGAUGCUUUUCAUCAGAUAAUAAGAGAUGAAGGAAUCCUGGCUUUGUGGAAUGGCACUUUCCCCUCAUUGCUGUUGGUGUUCAAUCCUGCCAUACAAUUCAUGUUCUACGAAGGGCUUAAGCGGAAGAUUUUGAAGAAGCAAAUGCAGCUUUCCUCACUAGAUGUAUUUGUCAUUGGAGCAAUAGCCAAAGCAAUUGCCACUACGCUCACUUACCCCAUGCAGACGGUGCAGUCAAUUUUGCGGUUUGGACAUCACCGACUGAACCCAGAAAACAAGAGACUAGGCAGUCUUAAAAAUGUCCUCUACCUUCUUCAGCAGAGAAUAAAGCGCUUUGGAUUAGUAGGACUCUAUAAGGGGCUUGAAGCAAAACUGCUGCAAACUGUCCUCACUGCUGCACUGAUGUUUCUCGUCUAUGAAAAAAUUGCUGCUGCCACAUUCACAGUCAUGCGGUUAAAACGUCCGCUGAAGCACUGAAGUAUUGGCUUCUACAUCUCACUCAGUUUAGGAAAAGAAAACAGGUUCUCAGGAAGCACAGAAGCAAUGUCUGAGGAAUGACUGGAAUAUUCUCUAAAAUUCACAGUACUUUUUUUUACUAUAUUCAUGUUCUCAUGGAGUGUUCCAGAAUAUGUCUGAAGAACAAGCUUGAAGAGAAACCUGGAAGCAUCAGCUGCCAGUCGCUUUAUGAUAGUUAGAGAAUCUUCUUGGGGAUUUUGUUUUAGGAAGUUAAAUGGGGAAUAUUUCAUGAAGUGGAAGUCCAUAAACUCUUUGGAGGGGUUGACUUCCUCUGUAAAGGGAAUGAGGUUGUUCCUCAUGGUAUUUGUUUCAUUUAAAGUAUCCUCUCUCCUUCCUUCUCUACCUUCUGUCAGAUUGUCACAUAUCUGAUAUUGUAUAUUCUCUUUCACAACUGGACUAUUAAAAAAACUUCAUAGAGGA